AUGACACACUGUGAAUCUUGUACAUCCACUUAUUCACAGGAGGGAGUUGUACGACAGCGAGAAGCCAACGACUUUUUGAAUAAUUUUGCUGUUUCAGAUGCGGCAUGGGGUGUAGGAUUUCAGCUGCUGCAGGAUGAGAUGUUGGCGGUGCCUCAAGAAGCGCUUUUCUUUGCGGCCAAUAUGCUGCACACGAAGAUGCGCAAAGACUGGAUUCAGCUGUCGGUAGAACAGAAGACAGGCGUGAUGGCGUCGAUACAGACGGUGAUACAAGUGUGGAAAACUGGUUUUCGAUCAAAUUAUUGCCAGAGACCGCUGGCGAGCAAGCUUUGCGCUAUUUAUGCGGUGGCUAUGAUCUCGUCUCCAGGUGAUUGCAAAGAUCUAUUGUCGCGGCUACUUAUCAUUUGCUCAACAAGUGGUGAUGCAGGGGAGAUUGCCUUCUUGCUAGCUUUUUCACGCUGCGUAUGUGAAGAAAUGGAGGAUGCUGAGCUACCCUUUGCAGCCAAGGAUGCAAUGGAAAGGCAUCUUUCUGUUCUGAGCGGAGACGUAGUAACUCUUAUUAGCAAAGUCUUACUCAUUUAUGACGAUCAAGAUGCUCCCAUAGCUGCUCUUCAUGGCGAGGCUUUAGCGUGUUUAAAUGUGUGGGUCAAACAAGCCGGGCUUUCGCUGGUUUCGUUGUACUCCAAGAAUGAGGCCGUGAUGCUGACUCUUUUAGGUGCUUUGCAGACUAAAUCGCAACAUUUACAGGCAUGCGCUGAAAUACUUACGAAGCUUAUUAAAGUAGCGUCAUAUCCGACUCCAACUCAGCAGGAAGCUACGCUGCUUGUUGUGGCACAAGGGCUUCUAAAAACGCGUGCUGUAUGCGAAAGCGCUAUUAGCGCUAAUGAAGAUAAUGUUAUUCAUGCUCUUACAAAUGUUGUUUCAACAUUUUGCGAAACAUUUGCGGACUGGAUUUUGGAAGGAAGGUAUCCCCAGGAAGCUAAAGCUUUGGGUGAAUUCAUGCUGUAUCUUGGCUCGCACCCCCGUCGUAAUAUCUCGUCGCUUACUCUUGAGUUUUGGAUGAUCGUUCAAGACGAACCUGUUGCCUCACGAUUACAAUUUUAUCAGCACGAUGCCUUCGUGCAUCUUUUUGAUGUCAUACUCAAACAGUGCUCUUUUCCGCCAGGGAACGCCGAGGAUAUGGACGAGCUUGAGCACGAUGAUCUCGAUGCAUAUCGAAGUAGCUUUCAGGGUGUCUCCGAUGCUUUUAUGGCAAUAUUUUCUUUGCUCAAGGUGCAAUACCUUGCUCGCCUGCUUUCUAUCCUGACAUCGGCGGGGCCGAGCGAUUGGCAAAAUGUUGAAGUUGCUUUUUUUGCUAUCUCGACAAUCGCAGAUGAAAUCAAGAAGAAUCUGCCAGAAAUCUCUGCUAGCACUCCGCAGCAGGCUGAGUUAGAGAAUAUGAUGUCGCAACUUUUUCAGGUGAUCCUGCGCUCGGUAGCAAGUGCUCAUCCUCUAGUAAUUACAACGGCUUCACGUCUGCUGGGUCAGUUUGCUGGUUGGCUCAACGAUAGGGCUUUAUCUGCUCGCGCAUUCGACACCGUCGAAGCUGUUCUUCAGUAUCUGACUGGCGCGCUUGGGCUUAAGUUGAGUCGUGUAAAUGCUGCAAAAAGUUUUAUGCAAGUAGCAACGAAUUGCACGAGCUGUCUUCUUGAACUGCAGCCAGGCUUUCUCGUGGCUAGCGUGCAACAUUUUAGUGGUGCUUCCUGUCAUGAAGUUAUGCCGAUAGAGGGUCGAUUAUUGGUUGUUGAGGGCAUCGUUCGUGUAGCUGCCGUCUCUACGAACUGCUUUAUGAUUUUGCAGACCAUACUAAACGAUUCGCUAUCCCGUUUAAACCAAGUGCUAGCAACGACGGAAUUUGAAGGCGCGGCCUUAUCAAGUCUAGUGUGCAACGAACUCCAAGUGCUUAGUAAGAUGAUACGGUUUCUAGAUGCUCCCAACGAUGCAGCUGGAGGAAAAGCCGUCACGACAUGGACUAUUCAGCAGAUUUGGUCUCACUUAGAUCCAAUUGCAUCACGGUUUGUGAUGGACGAGGCGGUCAUGACAGCUCUAUUUGAGCUGUAUGGAUGGUGUCUGCAUAGCGUGCGAGAGGAAAUGGCAUUACGACUUGACACAAUUGCUACUUUAAUCAUGAGAGUGUUUAAGGAACGGCACUAUGUGGCUCCGCUUGAGUGUGCAUCCGUUGCUGUUGAUGUAUUUGGAAAGGAUGCAAAUGCUGAGACUGUUAAUAGCUUCCGAGGACUUAUGGGAGCGUUGAGUCAGUCAGCCUUUCAAUUCUUUACCACUCAUUCGUUGGCUGAGUCGCCGGAGGUACUGCGAUCCUUUUUCGAGCUAGCAUACCGUUUAUUAUUGUUCUGCCCAGCAGCAGUGCUCACUGCAGCCGAGUUUCCCGUGCUUGUCGAGCUCAGUCUGGCCAGUCUUGGCAACCAGGAUAGAGCUUCAACCAAUGCAAUUCUCAUGUUCCUCACAUUCCUGCUGAAUGAGAGCACAAAUAAACUGGCGCCGUUUGCAGAAAUGAUUAACGCCAUCGUGCUUAAUGCUGGCCAAACAGAAAAGUGGCUGGACAGUCUCAUUGGCGCUCUAGCUACAAAAAGUCCCAGCACACUCUAUGAGUCACUGUCCAAGCUUUUGUACGCGCUUCUAACAGGCUUCACCGGCAACGAACGUGUGCGGGCAACGCUAAUGCACACUUUGACCCACGAUGCGCUGGGCGGAGCAGAGCUUCAACCUAAAGACAGACAACACGUGCUGCAUUUGUGGCUCACAUUGGCUGCAGAGCCUUCGCGCUACUCCGAGCGGCGCUUCCGUGGUCUGUGUUCUGAUUUUGCCAAGGUCUGCCGCAAAGAAUUGACGGUCGAUGCAUUAUACACAAUCGAGCUGCCUCACUAG